UAUCUUAAAUAUUCAUCCAUAGUGAAGUAGGUAUCGAGAUUAUAAUUAUGUGCUGUGGUGAUAACGGAAGGUUGAGAACUUGCAUGUCUUAGUGAAGUAGGUUCUGUGAUAUAUAUAUAAUUAUGUGUUGGGGGAGAUAUAAGGAAGAAAAACUGCUUGUUAAAUGCAAGCUUGCUAUCAAAAUGAGAGGCAACAUAGUUGCAUCGAGAUACAUCCUUAAAACUAAUAGUACAAAUAUCCAUGGAAAUAAGAUGCCUAUAGAAGUUGCUCGUGUAGUCGUUGAGGUAGCCCACGAAGAGAUGGCUAGGCUACCAUUUCCGAAUUUGAAUGCAGGGAUCACUUUUAUAGGUCAAGCAGUUGGGGUACCAGUAGCUUGGGAUAAACAUCUUAUUAUCGAUGAAAGUGAGCGGGGACAGAAGAGAAAGCAAGAAGAUAUUGAGGCAAUGAUGCCUUCCACUCAAUAUCCACAACCCCCAAAGCUUCCGCUUGUAGAGCCAUUGACACAGGAGGUAGUGUCAAUCUCUCAUAAUGAUUUGGCAUCUAUGUCAAGCACUUUGACCUCAUUAUUGAAGUUUUUAUCACAAUGGGAUAAUGACCACCACAAGAACAUUAAAAUCCCAUCACAUGUAUUUGGAUACAACACAAUUUCUACGCUUUUCAUGGAUGAUGUGACACAAUUUUGCAACAUGGAAAAGAUUGGACAAACUCUGAUGAUAUUGUAUUUGAGUUGUUGGAUGAUAUACUACAUACCAAUGGGUUGGAUCAUUUGUACGCAUUUCAGCAUCUAGGUGAAGUUAGUGUAGGCCAUGAGAAUAAGCGUGCUCAAGCACUUGAAGAUCGAUUCAUUCAGAUGGGCUUGUCCCCGGAAUAGCAAGUAAGUUUAUAUUGAGUUUUGAAAUGUUACGUUCAUAUAGUCAUCUUCUAAAUAUUUGAUUGUUUAUUUUCUAGUGAACAUUAGAUGUUAUUGCUAUUUAAACCUCACUCACAUUCAGUGGCAUUUUUGGAUCCCAUUAACCUUUGGUUACGCAUUGAGAUUAAAAAUAUAGUUAGGCUGUAAGCUUAUAUAAGUUUCAUUCCUUAAUGUAUAUUAUCUUUUUAAUAGUACUUGUUUGCUUAUUAAAAUAUCUUUAUUAUGUAUAGUGCUUUCACGCUGCAUGACACGAAAAAAGGAAAAAGAGUUGUAAGCCUAAAGUAUUAUAGUCCAAAGGUUAGUAAUACUCAACUUUAUAAGACAUAAGAUUUAAAUUAUAAGUAUACUAACAAUUAUAUGUAAUAUACCUUUAUAUUUUUCUAUGUUAGCAGUGCCUACAACAACCAAAAACCACAAAGUGUGGUUUCUACUACAUGAAGUAUGCUAGGGAUCUCAUUUCACAACAAAAUACCAGAGCAUAUGUAACAUCCCAAAAAUGCUAAUAUGGUUUAGGGUUUAGUGCCUUGAUUAGCAUGUCGGGAGGGCAUAACUGGAUAUGUGUGAUUAACUGAUUAAAUGUGUGAUUAUGUGGCAUGCAUGACAUAUAUGAUAAUGUGAGUAUGAUUAUAUGCAUGUUUAUGAGUAUUAAAUAUGCAUGUGGGUCAUUCUUGAUAGUUAGGGCAUAUUCGUAAUAUUGUCCUAUUGCGGGCAUAUAUGUUAUUAUAUGUGAGUAAAUGAUUGAGACCACAUUAUUAUGUGGAUAUAUUUGCAGAAUACGGCUCGAGGCGAUCCUAGUGAGCGGAUUAGUAGAAUAGUCACAGGGGGGGUUUAAUACCCAACUCGGGGCGAGCCUAGCGGUAUUUUGGGAAGUUUAUUGUAUAUUUGGGGUUUAUUGAGUAAUGGGCAAGUAUUUGGUGAUUGAAUGGGCAUGUCGGGAUUAAUUGGGAAUUUAUAGGACUAUUCGAGGAAUUAGCAUAAAAUGUGGCAAAUGACAAUUUUGCCCUUGAGGCCAUUUAAGGUUAAGGGUGUACUUAGGGGGCAAUAUGGUCUUUUAGUAAGUGGAUAGGCUAAGUAGAAGCCUAUAGACACAAGGUAAUAAGUAGAGUCUAUCUCCCUCUCUCCUUAGUCGGUUGGCACAUCCUCCCUUGGUGGGCAUUGAGGCUAGUGAAAUGUCUUGGGGAAAUUGCUGAGGAAAAGGCAGAGAACUGAAAGCUUGGGAAGCAAAGCUGAGAAUUGAGACUAGGAAAGGACAAGUAGCAGUUGAGGGAUCAAGCUAGGAGUAUGUAAGGAUUAGCUCAAGGAUCAGAAUAUCUCGAAGGUAAAUUCUAUAACCUAGUUUUCUUACUGUGAAUUCUAUGAUGUGGUGAUGAGAGUUUUAAGCUUGAUUCUAGCUUUGGCACGCAUUUGGAAUGAUUUCUGUUGAGUUUGGUUGGGAGAAACGUUGGAGAAAUCCAGGGAUUUCUGGGCUCACGGGGGCGCUCCGCGACCCAAUUCAUGGGCAUCGCGGCCUGUGUGCCCCAGAAGGCUCUAGGAGUGCUGCUGACAUGAACGCACGUCGUGACCCUAGGGGGCAAGUUGCGUCCCACCUCCCCCCUGAUGCAGAGGCUGCGCCUCGACUUGAGGUGCGCUGCGACCCUCAAGGCUAGGUUGCGGCUCUCCUAGAGAGUUUUAGCCUAGGUUUUCUUAAAGCUUGGGGUGGCUCGGGGAUCUAAACUUAAGUGCUCGGGAUGAUCUCUACCACCCGGUUUAGUAGAAAUCGAGGUGUCGGAGGCUAGUAUUUGAAUCCAAAGCUUUUAAAUGGUUUAGGAUCUAAUUUAUGGUUAUCCAUUAUCAUUGUGGCUAGGUUAUAUCGCAAGGGCUCAUGGUUUAGGGAUCGUGCUCGGGGCUGCCAUUUGCUAGCUGCUUGGGACCUGAGGUAAGAAAAUUGCACCCGAGUUGUGGUUAGGGCUUAAACCCCUCGUAUAAAUAUAUUAUGAACAUGAACAUAUCUGUAGCUCAGAAUAUUUGAUUGGGCAUGCUUGUAUGCGCUGCCAUUGAUUACUUGCCAUGCAUUGUGCAUCUGUGAUUAUAUAUGUUUACAGGUCGACCUAAGGGUGUCGGGGGCCGAUAGCAAGCAUGCGAAACGCAGCCCAGCCUAAGGGUGUCGAGGUCGGCUAUAAAGCCAAUGGACUCGACCUAAGGGCGUCAGGCCUGGACAUUAUACAAUAAACAGAAGCAUGGUUCGUGCUUAACUAUUUGUAUUGAUUGAUGAAAUUUAUUUAUACGUUUGAUUAACUUGAGUAUGUUUAUUGAGUUUGUUCCGUAUAUUCUAUUGUUAUUUGAAUCUGGUGAAUUAUAUUACUGCUUUUAUAUUGUUUCCUAGUUGUGCAUGCUGUUUUAAGUUUUCUUGCUAGGCCUUGGCUCACGAGUGCUACGUGGUGCAUGUAAGGGAGUUGAUAGCUCGACCAUCCAUGAUUUUGGAGAGUUUCAGGGGUGGUGUGUUCAUAUGCAGCCUGCUCGAUCGCCACAGUCGAGAUAGCUUGGGAUGAACUAGGGUUAAACCUUGUUUUUGCCACUUAGGACGGCUAAAUUGUAUAUGUUUAUCUUUUACAAGUCUGUAAAAUAAUUUUUGGGAUCCCGUGUACAAACUUAAUAUUUUAAUGAAAAAUAAUCAUUUUGU